GUUAAGUUCGUGGUGUACAGUCGUUUUUGAUUUUGCGAUUUCGCAAAUUUGCCGUUUUUAAGUUAAAAGUACUUAAUACGACUAAAUAAAACACAACAAUGUCUUCUGAGAAGAGGAUUGAUAUAACACAGCCACUGUGGGACCAGAACACGUUCGUGGGUCGGUUCCGGCACUUCGCCUUCAUCUCCAAUCCCUUGCUCACCUUCGUGCCGGAGAAGCAGCUGUACGAAGCCAGAGACCUAUAUAUGAAAUAUAAAGCAGGUGAGGAGCCAGAAGGGACAACGAUGUCGCAGGUGGUGCGCGCCAAGCAGCUGUACGAGUCAGCCUUCCACCCGGACAGUGGCGAGCUGCAAAAUGUGUUCGGCAGGAUGUCCUUCCAGAUGCCUGGCGGUUGUCUGGCCACAGGCGCCAUGCUGCAGUGGUACAGAUCAGCAACAGCGGUGGUGUUCUGGCAGUGGGUGAACCAAUCGUUCAAUGCGCUGGUGAACUACACGAACCGCAACGCGAACGCACCUCUGACCACCACACAGAUGGGUGUGGCGUACGUGUCCGCGAUGACGGCCGCCAUGUCCACUGCGCUCACUUUCAAGUUUGUUAUACAGAAACGUGCUACUAAUCCCAUAUUAGCGAGGUUCGUGCCGUUCGUGGCGGUGGCGGCCGCCAACUGGGUCAACAUCCCUCUCAUGAGACAGAAUGAAAUACUAUUAGGUCUGGACGUGACAGACGAGAGCGGCAAAGUGAUAGGCAAGUCUCAAGUCGCGCCCAUCAAGGGGAUAUCACAAGUCGUCACCUCCAGGAUCGUGAUGUGUGCGCCGGGCAUGCUGCUGCUGCCGGUCAUCAUGGAGCGCAUCGAGCCCAAGCCCUGGAUGCAGAGGAUCAAGCGAGGUCACAUCCUCGUGCAGACCGCCAUCGUCGGCAUGUUCCUAACAUUCAUGGUGCCGACAGCGUGCGCUCUCUUCCCGCAGAGAUGCAAACUCUCAAUAGAUACCAUCAAGCGAUUUGAAAAGGAGAACUAUGAAGAAAUAUUAAAGAACACGUCCGGCAAACCGCCGCAGUAUGUUUAUUUCAAUAAGGGAUUGUAAAAAAUAGUAAAUAAGGUUACACAGAGCAGUUGAAUUAGUUUAGAAAUGCAAUAAUUUAACAGUAAGCAAAUGUUAAGAUAAGGGAACGUACGCAUACUACGUGACCCGUUUAGGGGGGGGGGGAGCGGUG